AUAAUAUUUGUUUCAAUUGAUAUAUUAACAAACUUCAUAUUUAUAUUGAUAGAACCUCUGAAUUUUAAAUCAUUCAGACGUCUUAAUCAGAAAAAACUCUCUCUUCUCUCUCCUUCUCAGAGUCCUACGAUGGAGAACCAACCUAAGCGGGGGGAUACUGUAACAAACCCUAAGUACAACACUGCCAUUAAUCAAAGCCAUUGCCCUUCUACGUAUCUACUUUCUUAUCCUACUGCUACUGAUCUUUAUUAUCCUGAUACUUAUAUUCAUAAUCCUGUGGUUAAUAAUGUCUAUGACAAUAUCGGCAACGACAACAGCAGGAACUGUACUAAUACCAAUACCAUCGUUGCUUCUGCUUCUGCUGAUGUUGAUAAUGGAGGAUUUAGGUCUUUGGUAGAUAAAGAAGAAGCGUUUUUGGAUUCUUUGCCAGCUGGAUAUAGGUUUAGACCCUAUGACGCAGAGCUUGUUGGUUGUUACCUCAAAGGGAAAAUUAAUAACGAAACUUUGCCUCCUAAUAGGAUCAGAGAGGUUGAGUUAUAUAAGCAUAAUCCUGAUUAUCUUGCAGCAAACUAUAAAUCAGGUGGCGAAAACGAAUGGUAUUUCUUUACUCCAAGAGAUCGAAAGUACCCAAAUGGAGACAGACCUAGUCGGGCUGCUGGCGAUGGAUAUUGGAAAGCUACUGGAGCAGAUAAGCCCGUUAAAAUUGGAGGAGUUACAGUUGGAUUCAGGAGAGCAUUAGUAUUUUACAAAGGAAAACCUGCAAAAGGUCACAAGACUAAUUGGAUUAUGCAUGAAUAUAGAGCAAAUGAACCUCAUAACAAGAAACGAGGAGGAGAAAAUAAUAUGAAGCUUGACGAUUGGGUCUUAUGCAGGAUAUACAAGAAGUUUGAUAGAGCUUUCAAUGCUCCAACUCUACCUCGAGCUGGAGGUCUUCCUUCAUCAAAAGAUGAUGAGCAUGAGCAAGAAACCAUAUCAAUGCCUGUUGCUGGAAGUUAUGAGCAGGAAAUCUAUCCAUAUCUGGACGCUAAUUUGGUCACAUCUCAUCAUUUUAAUGAACUUGCUCAACCUUUCGAUGAGCAUUUUCGUUAUGGAAAUCCAUCAUUCGGACCUGUAUUAGGUCCAAACCUUCCAUUUCAGGGAUAUCCCAAGCCUUCAAAUGAAUAUUUUAAUGUUCCUCCUCUGCAGGAUAUGGAUACAUCGGGUGAUUUCUCCAGGUCUGAUCAGAACUACGAUGAUCAUAUGCUUUCCAGCAUAGCACCCUAUCAACACAUGAAUGGUAGCAACGAUCAUAUGUUUCCCAGCAUAGCACCCGAUCCACACAAGAAUGAUAGCAACGAUCAUAUGUUUCCCAGCAUAGCACCCGAUCCACAUAAGAAUGAUAGCAACGAUCAUAUGUUUCCCAACAUAGCACCCGAUCAACACGAGAAUGGUAGCAACUGUGACUGACUAUUGCAUAAGGUGACCAUUGAAACUUUCAAGGCAAAUGUUAGUUUAAUUCUCAGGUUAUGUUUUAGCUAAAGCAAUAAUUAGCAUCAGUUAGUAGAUGGUUUGUUAAGUUGAUUAUGCUAUAAAAGCAUAUAAUUAGGAUUAACUGAUAUGUUAAUUUUUAGUUUGGUAUUGUUUUAUUUUGUGUGAUUUUUGUUGUUUGCUGACUCUUCUCUUACUAUAAG